UUCACGGGGCUCAUUUAACACAAAACAAUAUACGCUUUAAAUAAACCCCAUUUGAUUCACAGACAGAGCCUUUGCUUUUAUGAGUUGUUCCACUUGGCUUCCAAGUGAACUCAAGCAAAUUGCCCAUAAAAACCAAUCCAAAAACUCUCUCUUCUUCCAUCAUUGUUGCAAACCCUUUCUUCUUCCCUAUGGCUAACAGUCUGGUUUUCCAGAUUAUCACAUUGCUUUGCUUCUUGUCGGCUAUGGCGAACUGUGUUCAGUUCAAUUAUCCGGCGGUGUUCAACUUCGGUGAUUCCAACUCCGACACGGGGGAGCUUGUUGCAGCAUUGGGGGACAUAUUGAACCCUCCUCAUGGUCAAAAUUAUUUCAAGGCUCCUUCCGGCAGGUUUUGCGAUGGUCGGCUCAUCGUUGACUUCCUAAUGGAUGCAAUGGAUCUGCCAUUUUUGAAUGCUUAUCUUGAUUCGAUCGGGAUACCGAGUUUUCGUAAAGGGUGUAAUUUUGCGGCGGGGUCGACCAUCCAACCGGCUUCAGCACAAGCUGUGAGUCCGUUUUCAUUCGGAGUUCAAGUGGCUCAGUUCAAACGGUUCAAAGGUAGGGUUCUUGAAUUGCUAGUUAAAGGUAAAAGACUUGAUAAGUACCUUCCAGGACAAGAUUACUUCCAGAAGGGGCUAUACAUGUUUGAUAUCGGGCAGAACGAUCUCGCCGGUGCCUUUUAUUCCAAGACUUAUGAUCAAGUACUUGCCUCGAUUCCAACGAUCUUGAUAGAAUUCGAAACUGGAAUAAAGAGGCAUUAUGAUCAAGGGGCAAGAAACUUUUGGAUACAUAACACAGGACCUCUUGGAUGCUUAGCUCAAAACGUCGCCAAGUUCGGAACCGAUCCGUCUAGCCUCGACGAGCGAGGGUGCGUCAGCAAGCAUAACCAAGCUGCUAAAGUCUUCAAUCUGCAGCUUCAUGCCCUAACUAAAAAAUUACAGGGCCAGUAUACAGAUUCGAAUUUUACCUACGUCGACAUCUACACUAUAAAGUACAACCUUAUCUCGAAUUAUUCUAAACUCGGAUUUGAGCAGCCUAUAAUGGCUUGCUGUGGGUUCGGCGGUCCACCGUUGAACUACGAUAGCCGAAUAGCCUGUGAAACGAAAGAGAUUAAUGGAGCCACAGUGACAGCCAAAGCAUGCGAUGAUAGUUCUGAAUAUAUUAACUGGGAUGGAAUCCAUUAUUCGGAGGCUGCGAAUCAGUAUGUUUCAUCGCAAAUACUCACCGGAAAGUACUCCGAUCCACCCUUUUCGGACAAAAUGCCAUUCCUUCUCAAUCUCAAGUUCUGAAGGCCGAAUAUUACUCAUUGCUUUAACUCCUCUUUGUAUUGACUUCUAGUAGUCACUGAAUUGAUAAAAAUUAUUGUAAAGAACUAAUAAUUUGUAAUUGGAAGUCCAUUUUCCAGAUGAUGCAGUCUGAAAUUUAAUUACUUUAACCUCCUUUUUG